AUGUCUGAUUCAUCGUAUUUGACAGCCGAAGAAGAUGAGAUAAUCGUUGAACCUGAGCAGCGGCUGCCCCGGCUAAGUACGUUGGUCUGUCCAGAAGAUGAGAUUGUCGUCAUGCCGCCCAUCGAGCAGUCUUUGCCACUUCAGCCAGAACCAAAGCUACCCAUAGUGAUAACCACGCCUGCUUCUACCUACCAGUCUGAUUCUAUGAAAACUGAGGUGAGACAGAACAAUUCAUCAGACAAUGAGCUUCUCGACAAACAGGACCACCGAGAACACCCAUCACCAACGAUGUCUACUCAACACCCAAAACAAGCCGAAACAGCAGCAUCACAAAUAGAAGGAGAAAAAAACCAAAAAACGCUACUAGCCGAGGCAAAACGAGCCUUAGCUUAUCCCAAAGGACGGCCCAAAGAAUCUGCUGCAACCAAAGACGGCACCCAGGUAGAUGCAGCCAAUGCUACCCCCGUAAUCAAUGGUACCCCAGUUGUACAUGGUACCCCUGCUUCCUCUUUGGCUAUUGUGGAGGACAACAUCAAACAAAAAAAUGUCAAUUUCAAUGGAACCAAUCAGGCAAAAAACGCUCCUGCUGAUGCCACUCCAAAAGCUGCCAGGGCUACCGAUGCCCUGGCACCGACAGCCAAUGCUACCCCUGUUGUACAUGGUACACCCGCUACCGCUGCUGCCAUUGCUGAGGAUGCCAUCCAAAAGAGAAAGGCUGAUUCUAAUGGAAGAAAUGCAGCAAAAAAUGUUGCUCCCGCUGCAAAUUCUGCAGCUACUGCCGCUACUGAUGCCCCACUGCGGAUGCUACUCCUGUAG